AUGACGCAGAACAACGGUGGUCCAUCACGGCCGGACUCGAGGCGUCGCUCCCAGUCUCACGAUACACCUGACGAGUACAGGGGGUUAACUCCGCGUACGAGCCGGAGCGGCUCGGCCUUCCGCACGGGUCAGCCAUCGGAGGACGACAGGACACUACCUCAGACUCGCGAAUGGCAGCCGGAUGCAGAGGUCACAUACUGCCCCAUCUGCCAUACGCAGUUUAACAUCUUCGUGCGUAAACAUCACUGCAGGAAAUGCGGACGAGUGGUGUGCAACUCAUGCUCCCCACAUCGGAUAAUCAUACCUCAUCCGUACAUUGUGCGGCCUGCGGGGUCGGAAUUUUCCAUGCCCCCGAGUUUACUGCUAGAUGGCCUCGGGGCGGGAUACUUUGAGGCCAACGGGCCUUCGGGGGGCGAACGGAGUCCAUUGUCGUCUGCGGCAGCAUCGCCUCGGUCCUCUCACCAGAGAUCGCGGAGCAAUCACGGAAGCGUUUACGGAGUUGCGCAUUCUACCAGCGCAUACGCAGCGCCGUUUCCCGCAGGUCGCGGCGGCGACGCUUAUCAGUAUUACUCUCCCAGAUGGAGAAGCGUCACCAUGAGUCCCGCCGCCCAUGGAGGUUCAACGGGCACCAGCUCCCGGAUCAGCACAACGUACCAUUCUCCCCUCGAGCGCUACCUUGCCGGGGCGUCCUCUAGUACGCCGGCGCCUUCUCGUCGGAAUCGGCACAGCUCGUUCGGCGAGGCGGCGUCAUCAUCGUCGCGGCAUCGCGCAUUGCCGCCGCCGCCUCAGAUUGCCGAGGAGGACGAGUGCCCAAUAUGUCACCAAGAGCUGCCGUCGCGAGAGCUGCCCGACUUUGAAGCCCUCCGCGAGUCGCACGUUAGCUUGUGCAUCCAGGCGCAUAGCACCUACGGCAGCCCUCGAGCCGGCGGUGGAGAAUCGGCACCCCACCCGGCUCCGCGGCGGACAGGCAUGUACACGUAUGCAGCGACGGAGAAGGACUGCAUUGACGAUGCGGAGUGCACGAUAUGCCUGGAAGAGUUUACUGUCGGAGUGGCCAUGGCUCGACUGGAAUGCCUCUGCCGCUUCCACAAGGUGUGCAUUUCAGCAUGGUUCGUCAACCACCCGGGCCGGUGCCCCGUCCAUCAGCAUGACGGGUUUGGGUUCUAG